AUGCAGCGCACUAGUACCACAUCAGAACCACCAGAACCAUCAGAACCAUCAGAACCAUCAGACGCAUCAGAACCAUCAGACGCAUCAGACCCAUCAGAACCAUCAGGCGCAUCAGAACCACCAGACCCAUCAGACGCAUCAGAACCAUCAGAACCAUCAGACGCAUCAGAACCAUCAGACGCAUCAGAACCAUCAGACGCAUCAGAACCAUCAGACCCACCAGACCCAUCAGAACCACCAGAACCAUCAGAACCAUCAGACCCAUCAGAACCAUCAGAACCAUCAGAACCACCAGAACCAUCAGAACCAUCAGACCCAUCAGAACCACCAGACCCAUCAGAACCAUCAGAACCACCAGAAUCAUCAGAACCAUCAGACCCAUCAGAACCAUCAGAACCACCAGACUCAUCAGACCCAUCAGAACCACCAGAACCAUCAGAACCAUCAGACCCAUCAGAACCAUCAGAACCACCAGACUCAUCAGACCCAUCAGAACCAUCAGACCCAUCAGAACCAUCAGAACCAUCAGACCCAUCAGACCCAUCAGAACCACCAGACUCAUCAGACCCAUCAGAACCACCAGAACCAUCAGACCCAUCAGAACCAUCAGAACCACCAGACUCAUCAGACCCAUCAGAACCACCAGAACCAUCAGACCAUCAGAACCAUCAGAACCAUCAGAACCAUCAGACCCAUCAGAACCAUCAGAACCUACUGGUCCAGCUGAUGUAGAAAAGCCCUCAACCCAGACUCAUGUCUCAGAAAGAAUAAGGGAGUUUUUAGUCCAGUUAAACCGUGCAGGUGUGAGAACAGUACUCACUCAGGACGGUGGUGUCGAUCCGUUUGAGCUGGACGGUUCCCUCAACCUUCUUCCUGUGUUUACCCCCCUGCUCCAGACAAUCUGACCAAUCAGAGCAGAGCACGUUCUCACCUGGUUUGUCAUGAUGCAUUGUGGUCCACUUCAGUUUUUCUCUGUGUGAAACUAAACAGAACCUACGACUUUACAAACAAGUCGGUCCGUGUGACUUUAAGCUGUAACUGUUGU